AAAUGUCACCAUGAUUGGUAACUGAUCCAGAAUCCCAAGAUUAACCUAAACAUUUGAAGUGUGGAAAGUAGAAGAGAUUUAAUACACCACUAACUCUGUUGUGUAACCAUGGCAGACCCUUCAGCAGAGGUACCCUAUUCUGUGGUGACUCAAACGGAAUUAAUUGAGGAACCUCAGUGUUACUACAAUGAAACCAUUGCCUUCUUUUACAACCGAAGUGGGAAACCUCUAGCCACUGAAUGGAACACUGUGAGCAAGCUUGUGAUGGGGCUUGGGAUUACAGUAUGUGUCUUCAUCAUGCUAGCCAACCUCUUAGUUAUGGUGGCUAUCUAUGUCAACCGGCGAUUUCACUUUCCUAUUUAUUACCUAAUGGCUAACUUAGCUGCUGCAGACUUCUUUGCAGGACUGGCAUACUUCUACCUAAUGUUUAACACGGGACCCAACACUAGAAGAUUGACUGUCAGCACCUGGCUCCUUCGUCAGGGUCUCAUUGAUACUAGCCUGACAGCCUCUGUUGCCAACUUGCUGGCAAUUGCUAUAGAGAGGCACAUCACAGUGUUCCGCAUGCAGUUGCAUACUCGGAUGAGUAACCGGCGAGUCGUGGUGGUAAUUGUUGUCAUCUGGACUAUGGCCAUCAUCAUGGGAGCUAUACCAAGUGUGGGCUGGAACUGUAUCUGUGACCUCACUCACUGUUCCAACAUGGCACCGCUCUACAGUGACUCUUACUUGGUCUUCUGGGCUAUUUUCAACCUGGUCACCUUUGUAGUCAUGGUGGUCUUAUAUGCUCAUAUCUUUGGCUAUGUCCGCCAGAGGACUAUGAGAAUGUCUAGACAUAGUUCUGGACCACGUAGAAAUCGGGACACCAUGAUGAGUCUUCUGAAGACUGUGGUCAUUGUGCUUG